AUGUCUCCUCAAGCCUUUACUCACAAUUAUGUUUCCGCAUCGUACAGCCAGAUUGCCUGUAUCGGCACUGGCCUCAGUGCAAUAGCUCUGGGGGCAACGCUCAAGAGAUGGUACGAUAUGGAUGAUAUUCAUUUUUUCGAACGUCAUGCCGAUUGCGGAGGAACUUGGCAUAUCAGUUCAUACCCUGGAUGUGCUUGCGACGUUCCUAGUGCUCUUUACAGUUUCUCGUUUGCUUUGAGUUCCCGUUGGACCAAGCUCAUGCCUUCGUACAAAGAGAUCAAAUCCUACCAUGAUGAGGUAGUGGAAGACUAUGGCUUACGUGGUAGAAUGACGUUUAACACGGAGGUGGAAGAAUGCUUUUGGUGUGAGGACAUUUCCAGGUGGACGAUGAAGCUUCGCAAUGUGGUUACCGGCGAGGUGACCCAUCAUGAGUGCCAGAUACUUUUUGCAGCUACAGGUCAACUAGUGGAGCCAAAACCCUGCGAUAUUCCUGGAUCGGAAACAUUCAAAGGAUGUAUAUUUCACUCUGCAAGAUGGGACCAUAACGUUGAUUUGGAUGGCAAGAAUGUGAUUGUGAUUGGAAACGGAUGUACCGCUGCCCAGAUUGUGCCUGCUAUCGUGAAUCAAGCAGCAGCUGAAUUGCGUCUCAAACGCCGGCAAAAGGUUGAAAAAUAUAUGCGAGAGACCGCUCCAGCCAAGUACCAUGAUACGCUGAUUCCCGACUUUGAUGUGGGAUGCAAGCGUCGCAUUUUUAAUGGUGGAUAUCUAGAAUCACUUCACAAUGAGAAAUUGUUUCUAGAAGAAACGAAGAUAACCGAGAUUACACCUGAUGGCAUUCGAACGACAGAUAAAUUUUACCCGGCUGAUGUCAUCGUCCUUGCCACAGGAUUUCAGACGAACAAGUUUCUACCAUACACAGAGAUUCACGGUCUUGAGGGAACCAUUUCGGAUCACUGGGCCAGAUAUGAUGGUCCGGGGGCAUAUAAUUGUUCAGCUAUGAGUGGCUUUCCAAAUUUCUUCCUGCUACUAGGACCAAAUGCGGCAACCGGUCAUACAUCUGCGUUAAUGGCAGCCGAAAAUUCCGUGAACUAUGCGCUUCGAGUGCUGAAGCCUGUUCUAGAUGGCAAGGCAGCCUCGAUAAAUUUGAAGCAGGAAGCUGAAGACGCGUAUGUCCAUCGUGUUCAAGAAGCCCUUCUCCACAUGGUCUGGAAUGCAGGGUGUGCUUCUGUAUGA